AUGGAUAGUCAAACUAAAUUAACCAUUCUCUAUCCGAAUCAAAUCGAUUAUGAUAAUACAUAUAAAAGAUUUAAUCAACGUCUGCCAAACUCGACAAUCAGAGCAAUAUUUAGAUUGCAAAUGCCAAAAGCCAUUGUUGACAAGCAUCUUGAGUUGAAAAAGGAAAUGACUAAAUCUACUUAUCCAGCCAAUAGAAUUACUCAUCAAAUGUUUCAUGGAACAAAGACAUCCUGCGACCCUAUGAGACUUAUUUCAUCGCUGAAACCAUCUUGUAUCAGUAAUUGUGGAGUAUGUGGAAUAAUACGUGAAGGGAAUAGAUGUGUUUAUUCCGGAAAUGGAGGAGGAAUGUGGUUUGCUAGAGAUCCAUCGGUGUCGCAUGGAUAUUGUGGUAUCAGGCAAGUGAAAGCAAUGUUCAUUGUGGACGUCCUUGCACAAGAGUCAAGUGAUAUUUUGAACGUUAGAAGAGACGAGGCAGCCUUACCCAAAUUUCUUGUGCUUUUCAACUAA